AUGCUCGAUUUCAAAGCACUUGCUGACGAUGUGCUAGAAAAGUUGGCUGAGCAUGCUAACACCAACUACCGUGUCAUUGUCUUGAUCGUUGGUUCUCCUGGGUCCGGAAAAUCAACUGUCAGUGGGAGGCUUUGCGACGAAAUUAAUUCUCGAUUCCAUAACUAUCUGAAAAAGACGGGGACGCAUCCAACCCUUGCGUCUACAUCGCGGAGUUACGAAAAUUUGCUUGCAGACCUCAAGUUCAAUCCCAACAGCAAUUAUGAAGAUAACGAAUCGUAUUACUUCCAUCAUGUCGAGGAUAUAGGACUUCCUCCUACUAAAUUCAGCACUGCAGGUUCAAGUUCAACAACCGUUAUGGGCAGAGGUGGUAUGCCGAACAGUAUUCAAGUCUCUAUGCAUACCACGGAGAGACAGACGGGCGGCAAUUUCGAAAUUGCUCAGUUGGUUCCCAUGGACGGUUUUCACCUAAGCCGCAAGCACUUGGAUCAUUUUAAAGAUGCCAAGGCUGCUCAUAGGCGUCGCGGGGCUCCUCAAACAUUUGACAGCAACAACUAUUUGCAACUAUGCAAACUUUUGGCCGAGACUAGUAAGAUCAAGCCUGUUUUCAAGCACAAGGUAGAAGAUUGCUCGUCGUUUAAUGAAGAUGUUUUGUUUGAUGAACUAUGUGCAUCUUUUACCGCAGAUGUCCCGUCUAUUUCCUUUCCUGGUUUUGAUCACAGUUUGAAGGAUCCUACAGUAAAUCAGCAUUCGGUUGAUGCUUAUACGAGAGUUGUCGUGAUGGAAGGGCUCUAUCUAUUGCUUGACGUUGAGAACUGGGCCAAGGUUUUCCCCGAAAUUCAAAGAACCGGCUGCUUCUUAGUGUUCGCUAUAAACGUCGAUGAUGCUACCCUUGCAGAACGUGUUGCCAAACGGCAUUUGCAAUCAGGGCUUGUGGGAACAUAUGAAGAAGGAUUGGCGCGCUUUAAUGACAAUGAUUUACCAAAUGCAAAAUUGAUACAAGCAAAUAUGAUAAACUCCCCUGAAAUAAAGAUAAUCAACAAUAAUUAG